GGUGAUCGUGGGAUGAAAGAAGGAAAAAUACACGGCUUCACGUUCACAUGUCAUGUCGGAAUCCAUAGAUGCCAGCUUGACUUCAAACAACUCGUUAGAUCUAUCUACUACUACUCCUAGUACAACUAUAAUUGCCUCCAUUCAAACCCUAAUUCUUCAACACAACACCUGCUCUUCCUUCUUCUAAGAUCUACUGAAUUUUGUUUUUCGUUACCCUAAAUAUUCAUCACCAUCUGCAUGCAUGUGCCACUAACUAACAGUUGUUAGUGAAAUAUGUCGUCGUUUAAAGCUACUCGAUCUAAUCUGUCUAUAAGCUCCGAUGCAACGGACUCACAGCAUAACAAACCUCCGUUACCGCCAACUGUCACCUUCGCUCGUCGUACUUCGUCAGGGAGAUAUGUUAAUUAUUCGCGGGAUGAUCUCGACAGUGAGCUUAGUAGUCAGGAUUUCAUGAACUACACGGUUCACCUACCACCCACUCCAGAUAAUCAGCCGAUGGAUGCAAUCUCGCAGAAGGUUGAGGAGCAGUAUGUUUCCAGUUCGCUUUUCACUGGUGGGUUUAACGCGGUUACUCGAGCUCAUCUCAUGGAUAAGGUGAUUGAUUCUGAGAUUAAUCAUCCUCAGAUGGCGGGAGCCAAAGGAUCUUCGUGUUCUGUUCCUGGAUGUGAUGCUAAAGUUAUGAGUGAUGAAAGGGGAGAAGAUAUUCUUCCUUGUGAAUGUGAUUUUAAGAUUUGUAGGGAUUGUUAUCUGGAUGCUAUCAAGACAGGUGAUGGUAUCUGUCCAGGUUGUAAGGAGCCAUAUAAGACGACUGAUGUGGAUGAAUUGGAGAAUAACGCUGGUGCUGGUGGUGGCAGGCCGCUUCAAUUGCCGCCACCUGCUGGAAUGUCGAAAAUGGAGAGGAGGUUGUCGUUGAUGAAAUCGACCAAGUCGCUUAUAAGAAGUCAAACCGGAGACUUUGAUCAUAACAGAUGGCUGUUUGAAACCAGUGGGACCUAUGGCUAUGGUAAUGCUAUUUGGCCAAAAGAGGGAGUGAUGGAGAACGGUAAAGAUAAUGAUCAUGUUGAAUCUUUGGAGCUGAUGAACAAACCUUGGAGACCGCUGACCCGCAAGUUAAGGAUCCCGGCUGCUGUUCUGAGCCCAUAUAGGCUUCUUAUUCUUAUUCGGAUGGUUGUUCUUGUACUAUUCUUGGCUUGGAGAAUCAACCAUCCAAACAAUGACGCAAUCUGGCUAUGGGGAAUGUCAAUCGUCUGUGAACUGUGGUUCGCCUUUUCUUGGAUCCUUGACCAAUUACCCAAAGUCAACCCAGUCAACCGUGCCACCGAUCUCAACGUUCUAAAAGAAAAAUUCGAGUUACCAACCUUAAACAACCCGACCGGAAAAUCCGAUUUACCAGGAAUUGAUAUUUUUGUUUCAACGGCAGAUCCAGAAAAAGAACCUGUACUUGUUACAGCAAACACCAUUCUAUCAAUUUUAGCUGCUGAUUAUCCUGUCGAAAAGCUUGCAUGUUACGUUUCUGAUGAUGGUGGUGCACUUUUAACCUUUGAAGCCAUGGCAGAAGCUGCAAGUUUCGCUAACAUGUGGGUCCCGUUUUGUAGAAAACAUAAUAUUGAACCCAGGAACCCUGAAUCUUAUUUUAAUCUAAAGAGGGAUCCUUAUAAAAAUAAGGUGAAGUCGGACUUUGUGAAGGACCGGAGAAGGGUAAAACGGGAAUUUGAUGAGUUCAAAGUUAGAAUUAACGGUCUUCCGGAUUCGAUACGUAGACGCUCUGAUGCGUAUCAUGCACGUGAGGAAAUCAAGGCUAUGAAACAACAGAGACAAAAGACAGAUGAUGAACCGGCAGAGAUGGUUAAGGUUCAGAAAGCUACAUGGAUGGCUGAUGGGACCCAUUGGCCUGGAACUUGGUUAACUCCCGCACCCGAACACUCAAAAGGAGAUCAUUCUGGUAUUAUUCAGGUGAUGUUAAAACCUCCAAGUGAAGAUCCAUUACACGGCACGGAAGAGGAUUCCGGAAUGCUUGAUUUUAGUGAUGUCGACAUUCGUCUACCGAUGCUCGUAUAUGUAUCGCGUGAAAAGCGACCCGGUUAUGACCACAACAAAAAGGCAGGAGCCAUGAACGCACUGGUUCGGGCCUCAGCGAUCAUGUCAAACGGGCCAUUCAUUCUCAAUCUCGACUGUGAUCAUUACAUCUACAACUCACAAGCCAUGAGGGAAGGCAUGUGUUUCAUGAUGGAUAGAGGCGGUGACCGAAUUUGUUAUGUCCAGUUUCCUCAAAGGUUCGAGGGUAUUGACCCGUCUGACCGUUACGCCAACCACAACACAGUUUUCUUCGACGGAAACAUGCGGGCACUUGACGGGCUCCAAGGGCCCGUUUACGUCGGAACGGGUUGUCUGUUCAGAAGAAUCGCGCUUUACGGAUUCGACCCGCCACGAACCAAAGAACGCCACCCGAGCUGCUGCAGCUGCUGCUUUACUGGCCGCAACAAGGCCAAAUUUAGCACACCGGAAGAAAAUCGGGCUUUAAGAAUGGGCGAUUCUGACGACGAAGACAUGAAUCUUUCUCUUGCACCUAAAAAAUUCGGAAACUCGACUCUUUUAAUCGAUUCUAUCCCCGUAGCGGAGUUCCAAGGCCGCCCGCUAGCCGACCAUCCAGCGGUCAAAAACGGACGACCCCCAGGCGCUCUAACCAUUCCUCGCGAGCUUCUCGACGCAUCCACCGUCGCAGAAGCCAUAAGCGUCAUCUCAUGCUGGUACGAGGACAAAACCGAGUGGGGCCAACGGGUCGGGUGGAUUUACGGGUCAGUCACGGAAGACGUGGUAACCGGAUACCGUAUGCACAACCGAGGCUGGAAAUCCAUCUACUGCGUAACAAAACGAGACGCUUUCCGCGGAACAGCUCCGAUCAAUCUAACAGACAGACUUCAUCAAGUCCUCCGGUGGGCGACGGGAUCAGUGGAAAUCUUCUUUUCGCGUAACAAUGCACUGUUAGCAAGCUCAAGAAUGAAACUGUUGCAACGAAUGGCGUACUUGAACGUGGGAAUCUACCCAUUCACUUCAAUCUUCCUGAUCGUUUACUGUUUUCUCCCUGCACUCUCCCUCUUCUCGGGGCAGUUCAUCGUACAAACGUUAAACGUGACAUUUCUAGUCUACUUACUAAUCAUGACACUGACGAUCGUGAUGCUAGCAGUUCUGGAAGUAAAAUGGUCCGGAAUAGAACUAGAAGAAUGGUGGAGAAACGAACAGUUUUGGUUAAUAGGAGGAACAAGUGCACAUUUAGCAGCAGUGCUUCAAGGACUGUUAAAAGUGGUUGCGGGUAUCGAAAUCUCAUUCACAUUAACAUCAAAAUCCGGGGGUGACGAUGAAGAUGAUGAGUUUGCAGAUCUGUAUGUGGUGAAAUGGACUUCACUCAUGAUCCCACCGUUGACUAUAAUGAUGGUGAAUUUGAUUGCUAUAGCUGUUGGGUUUAGCAGGACGAUUUAUAGUACAAUACCUCAGUGGAGUCGUCUGCUUGGUGGGGUGUUUUUUAGUUUUUGGGUUUUGGCCCAUUUGUACCCCUUUGCUAAAGGCUUGAUGGGGAGAAGAGGGAGGACGCCCACUAUUGUGUUUGUCUGGUCUGGCCUUAUUGCCAUUACCAUUUCACUUCUCUGGGUUGCGAUUAAUCCUCCACAGGGUCAGAACCAGAUUGGGGGCUCCUUUCAGUUCCCUUGAUGAUUCAUCAUUUGUUUAUUUUAUUUUUUUUUACUUGUAUUAUUAUUAUAAUUUAAUUUAAUUUAAUACUCAAAGAGAGCUUCUUUUUCUAGUUAUUAAAUAUUUUUUUACAAAACA